GUGUGUGCGCGCGCUCAGAGGGGGCGUGGCUUACUGCAAACAGGUAGAUCCGUGUUUCCCGGCGCUCUCCGGUCGCUGGGUUGUGUGUGUGUGUGUGUUUUUCUUGCUGCAGUCUGAAGCUGAUUCCCGUCUGCAGAUGAGUCUUAUCGGCCGAUUACGAGCCCACAACCGUGAGUGCUUCUGAAUCUCUGAGUCGGUUUAUUUCCCACCGUUACCGGAUUGGACGUGAUUGGACUUUCUCCUCGUUUCCUGCAAUGAGCUCAUCCGUCAGCCGCAGGUAGAGGCCACAGGAAGUGAUGAGCCAUAUGGAGGCGUUUCCGGUUCCUUCGGAGUCUCCUUUGCUUUCCGCUGAGGAGGAAACGCAGCGAUGGGACGCCAGCUGGAGCCAAGAUGGAGACCUGCAGGGGUGUGGACAGCUGGAGAGGAAGUGGCUCCUCUGGCAGGACUUCAUGACCGAACAGGCCCACCUGGACGCCUGGCUGCGAUUGGCUGAGCAGGCUGUCGGUUCCUCUGGCCCCGUCCACUUCGCCUACGUCAUCGCCAAGGAAGACUUGAGCAAGUUUGAGAGGCUGCGGUGUGAGGCCGGCCCUCGCCUGGUCCAGUUGGACGGUCUGACCCGGAGGAAUCGAACGCUGACUCGGCUGUUUCGGGGCGCCAUGCAGGCUCGGCUGCUGGCGGCGGCGAGGGAGUGCGGGCACCGCUGGGACGAAGUGAACGCCAAACUGGAAUCCAUCACCGGGCGACUGAAGCUGUUUGUCUCGGAGUGGGAGGGGCUUGAGGCAGAGAGGGAGGAGCUCGCGCUCUGGUUGGCUGACCUAGACGUCCGUCUGACGGAGGUGGAUCACCUGACGGGGAACACCUGCAAGAAGCUGCGGCAACUGCAGACUUUCCAGCAGUGUGUGUGUGUGUACUCGGGCCGUGUGAACGCCCUGCUGCAGCGCGGUGAGGCCCUGAUCCAGCGCUGCGACGCGGCCGAUGCUCGGCUGCUGGAGGCUCGGCUGCUGGAGCUGCUGCAGCUCUGCAGCCUCGUCUACAACAACAUCACACGCACACACACCAGGCUGCUGAGCAUGAGACUGGUGUUUGAGGACGACUGGAUUCUGUCUCAGGCCACAGACUCAGGUUGCCCUUCAGAGUCUCUUCUAGAGGAAGAGGGAGCGCUUGAUAAAGCCCACCUGGGCCUCCCUGCAGAGGGAGCGCUUGAUAAAGCCCACCUGGGCCUCCCUGCAGAGGGAGCGCUUGAUAAAGUUCACCUGGGCCUCCCUGCAGAGGGCGCGCUUGAUAAAGCCCACCUGGGCCUCCCUGCAGAGGGAGCGCUUGAUAAAGCCCACCUGGGCCUCCCUGCCUUCCCAAACCCUCCCAAAGCUUUUUCUCUAGAUUUCGGCCAAUCAUCUUGCCCUCCCUCCCCUCCCUCCCCUACCCAUGAGCACCUGGGGCUGGAGUGGGACCCCUCGGUUGAUAUCGGACGCUCGGUCUCCCGCGACGACGCCGACUCGUCGUAUUUCAGCGCCAGCGCAGGUAUAUGUCACAGAGGUGGUGUUAAGAGGCGGAGCUACCUCAGCUCUCUCGGCUCUCAGUCUGAUCUCAGCAAUGACAUCACCAACCAGGAAGCAGGUUUGCGAUUGGAGGGAUGGCUUGACCACGCCCACCCCAGCGUCUCCUCGCCAGUGGCGGCCCAGCGGGGCGGGACUCGGCCCGAGGGAGACCAGUGGGCGACCUCGACUCCCGACAGCCGGGACGGAGAGCCAAUAGGCUUUGACGGCAGACGCGUGAGGGCGUGGCUCGGAGACACGGAGAGGAGGACUUCCUGUUCCAAAGCUGUGCAGACAGACGCACAGGUGGAGUGCCACCUGGAUGGAAGCCACAUCAAUGCGUUGCCUUUUCUCGCCCUCUCGCCUUCACCGUCACAUGACCUGAAAGCCUCGCCUGAUUGGCUGAAACACGUAUAUCCGUUAAGUCUUCAGGCUGAAGAAGAGGAAGCUGAGCGUCGUCUCUCCGAACAAAGUGAGACGUCCAGCAGCAAGGUCCCGUCCUCCCUGCUCUCCCCAGCCCUCCUCUGCCUCCUGCUGGCCACGGCGCUGGCUCUCCUGUCCUGUCUGAUCUGGGCCGUCCUAGAGCCGCCUUGUCAGCGCAGCGGCAGGAUGCCUCGUAGCUUCCACCUGACACUGACGUACGUCAACGGGCCUCCGCCCACCUGAAGACCAGCCAGAGAAGCUCAGGGACAGAGUUUGGACAACAGCACUUUUUUCGUCAAUCUCUACGGAACGGAGGUUUUCAACUCGACAUGUCACGGUUUCAUUCACAUUUCAGUACCGGACACUCAAACAAUCGUCCAUCUUGUAUUAACCUUCACAAAAGUGCUUGUUUUGCCGCUGACAGACUCAGAUUGACAUUGUAAUUGUCUGACAACAUU